CCAAUACUCAAAACUUCAAGCAAAAACCCACGAAGUUGUCUUCUCUCUCUCUUAUUAAAUUAUUCAGACACUCUGAUCAAAUCAAAGUCUGCAACUUUCUAAGUUUUCUGUAAUGAUCUCCGGCGACACAUUAUCGGCGAAAAAGCCUAAAGCGAUGCCACAACCAGAAGAAGAAGACCCACCAAGCCAAUCAAUGGCACUUCUCCACAACAACAACAACAACUCCUCCGAUUCAGAUUCUUCUUCUUCUUCCACCAUCUCAAGCUGCUUCAUCUUCACAUCUCUCCUCAUCGUCACCUGCAUCGCUCUCUCCGCCGCUUCCGCCUUCGCCUUCCUCUUCUUCUCCUCCCCAAAACCCAUCCUCUCUCUCAACCAACAAAUCUCAAAGUCACAACCUUUCCACAGAUCCAUCGCUCGCCCACUCACAAAACUCCACAAAUCCGUCGUCCUCCUCAUCUCCUCAGACGGGUUCCGCUUCGGAUACCAACACAAGACCAAACUCCCAAACAUCCACCGCUUAAUCACCAACGGAACAGAAGCAGAAACCGGUUUGAUCCCGGUUUACCCAACCCUAACUUUCCCUAACCACUACUCCAUCGUCACUGGCCUCUACCCUGCCUACCACGGAAUCAUCAACAACAGGUUCAUAGAUCCAGUUACAGGGGCAGUCUUCACAAUGUCUAGCCACGAGCCGGAGUGGUGGUUAGGUGAACCUCUUUGGGAGACAGUAGUGAACCAAGGACUAAAGGCCGCUACUUACUUCUGGCCUGGCUCUGAAGUACACAAGGGAGCUUGGGACUGUCCUAAAGGCUUAUGUCAAAGCUACAACGGUUCUGUUCCUUUUGAUGAUAGGGUUGAUACUAUCUUGUCCUAUUUCGAUUUGCCUAGUGAUGAGAUUCCUAGCUUCAUGACGCUUUACUUCGAGGACCCUGAUCAUCAGGGUCACCAAGUUGGUCCUGAUGAUCCGAGGAUCACUGAAGCUGUUGUUAACAUUGAUAGGUUGAUUGGUAGGUUGAUAGAUGGGUUGGAGAAACGAGGGGUGUUUGAGGAUGUGACGAUGAUUAUGGUUGGUGAUCAUGGAAUGGUUGGGACUUGUGAUAAGAAAGUGAUUGCUCUUGAUGAUUUGGCGCCUUGGAUUACUAUCCCUAGCAGCUGGGUUCAUUACUACACUCCUAUGUUAGUGAUUAAACCUCCUAAAGGUCAUGAUCCAGCUGAUGUUGUAGCGAAGAUGAAUGAAGGUUUGGGGUCUGGUAAAGUGGAGAAUGGGGAGUAUUUGAAGGUUUAUCUCAAAGAGGAUUUACCUAAGAGGUUGCAUUACGUGGACAGUGAUAGGAUCCCGCCUAUUAUAGGAAUGGUUGAGGAAGGGUUUAAGGUUGAGCAGAAGAGGACUAAAGCUAAAGAGUGUGGUGGAGCUCAUGGGUAUGAUAAUGCUUUCUUUUCGAUGAGGACUAUAUUCAUGGGGCAUGGUCCUAUGUUUGCGAGAGGAAGGAAAGUGCCUUCUUUUGAGAAUGUUGAGAUUUACAAUCUCAUUAGUACGAUUUUAGGGCUUAAGGCUGCACCAAAUAAUGGUUCUGAAGAGUUUUCUUCAAACGUUUUAUUGCCAAGGGCGUAAAAGCAGAGGAUAUGUAAUUUCAUUCUUAUGUCAAAUAAAAGGCAGUGUAGAAUCUGUAACUGCGUUUUCAAGCCGCAGCAAACUCUAAAACAUUUGUGAGCUUUUGAUCUAUUAGACGCUUUAUGCGCUUUGAUCUGUAUGUUGUUCUUGUGUCAUUUAAAAAGAAACUCUACUCAAAUUAUUGUAACAUUAUGGUGUCUAUAAUUGUCAAAACUUUAGUGGCAUGCUUAGAACAACAAAG